AAUGUGUCAACAAACGGGGCAGGAGGACCGCGCCGGUCACAUAUGAACGUGGUGUCCGCGCUGCUGCUUCACUUUGCUGCCUUCGCUCGGAACCCCGCGGUCCUCCCCAGAAAUCUCCCCGCCGGCCCCCGGCCGCCAUGAGUCUGUACAACAGCCGCUACGGGGCCACCCGCGGCUUCAGCAGCCGCUCGCAGGGCUCGCUCUCUGGGAGACCGACCGUGUUUCGGGCCAGCACCGGCUUUCAACCGGGUCUCCAGAGGUCCAUCAGCGGGCUGAACCUGUCCCGCGCGGCCCCGGGCUCCAGCACCUUCCUGCUCUCCUCCCUACCCAACCUAGAAGUGGACCCCAAACUUCACGAGCUCAGGACCAACGAGAAGGAGCAAAUUAAGGGGCUCAACAACCAGUUUGUUAAUUUCAUAGACAAGGUUCGGGACCUGGAACGACAGAACAAAGCGUUGGAGACCCAGCUGCAUUUGCUAAAAGGCAAAGACAGUUACCGAUCCAACAUCGAUCAGAUCACGCUGGCUGCAAGCAAUCACCUGAAGCAGCAGAUCGAUGGCCUGCUCCACGAGAAGGACCGGCUGCAAGCCGAGCUCCACAACAUGCAGGGAGUGGUGGAGGAGCUCAAAAGCAGGUACGAGGAUGAAAUUAACCGACGAAAUCAAUUAGAAAAUGACUUUGUUUUGACCAAGAAGGAUCUCGACGACUCUUACCUCCACAAGGUGGACAAUGAAUCCAGACUGGAGAGCCUGACGGACGAGAUCGAGUACGUGAAGCAGCUGUAUGAAGAGGAGCUGCAGGAGCUGAAAUCCCAGGUUCAGAAUGCUAAGGUGACCGUGGAGAUGGACAACAACCGGGACCUUGAAAUGAAACACAUAAUGGAGGAGGUGAAGGGUCAGUAUAAGGCCAUGGCCGAGAAGAGCCGGCAGGAGGCUGAACACUGGUACAAGAGCAAGAUGGAUGAUAUGGUAACCCAGGCCAAGAGGAGCAACGAUGAGCUGAAAUCGCUGAAGAAUGAGCUGGCGGAGCUGAACCGCAUGAUCCAGCGCGUUAACAGCGAAAACGAGGCCUUAAAGACCCAGCGAGCCAACCUGGAGAAUGCCAUCGCGUCGGCCGAGGAGCACGGGGAGCAGGCCGUCCAGAACGCCAAGGCGCAUGCCCAGGAGCUGGAAGACGCGUUGAAAAGGGCAAAACAAGACAUGGCGCGCAAGGUCAGGGAAUACCAGGACCUGAUGAACACGAAGCUGGCGCUGGAUAUCGAAAUCGCCACCUACCGCAAGCUGCUGGAAGGGGAAGAGACCAGGCUGAAAAACCAUUCAAGCCCACAGCUCAGUGUUUUCGAUAAAAUGGCCAGCCUCCUGAACGUGGACCUGAAGCCCGGUUCCGCUGCACGGAGGUCUUCGGGCCCAAAGAAGGUGGUUCUGGUGAAAACGAUCGAAACCAACAACGGCAAGCAGCUGUCCGAGGCGAGCCACUACACCCAGGAGUAACCCCCCCCCCCGCCGCUCCGGCCAACGAAUUCACCACCAGCGCUCCCGGAUCACUUCAUAAACGGAUCCGUCUCCCAACCGCCGCGUCUCUCCAGCUUCUAAAUGUUCCUCGCCUCUUUAGUGGCCGUUCACGACUCGCGCGUCUCGUCUCGCCGGCACUGAAAUGUUUAUCUAGCGUGAUAUAUUUUAAACGCGCCGUCUGUUACACUUUCUCCAGCAAUAAAUGUUUAAAUCUUUCAAACGUU